AUGGAGCCAUCAUCCCCCGUUAAACUCAUCCCACUCACCAUAUUGCUAGCCUCAUUUCUUGCAGCCAUCGCCAUGCCAUCGCUUGACGAGCAAGCAGCAGCGCUCGUGGCCUGGAAAGCCACCCUCCCCAACAAACAAGCCUUGCCAUCCUGGGGAAACAAGACCGCAUCAUGGCCCUGCAACUGGCGCGGCAUCCGCUGCGGCAGACAAGCAGGGCAGCGGGUGAUCACCCGGAUGUCUCUGCCGGGGAUGAUGCUGGGCGGGACGCUUGAGCUCCUCAACUUCUCUGCCGUGGUGACACUGGCAAGGCUUGAGCUCCCACACAACGAGCUUGCUGGGAGGCUUCCUCUGGAUAUUCAGCUCCUCAAAGAGCUCCAUGUUCUGCUUCUCCACGGCAACCAGAUAAGGGGCUCGAUUCCACCCGUCCUUGCAAACCUAACCAAACUGUCUUGUUUGGUGCUAAGCCACAAUCUCCUUACCAAUCAAAUACCAGAUGUGAUAGGUGAAUUAGAGAGUCUAGUGGUCCUCAACCUGUCGAGCAAUCACUUGGUGGGUCCUAUCCCUGAUGGAAUAGGACGACUAAGCAACUUGAUUGGUUUGGAUCUUUCCAACAACAUCCUCGAUGGUCAAAUUCCCAUCAGUCUAGGUAAUCUAUCUGUGCACAAUAACAUAAAGUUUUUAGCACUCCCCGGAAAUAAUUUAACUGGUCCCAUCACCAAAGAGUUUGGAAACUUAGUCAGCCUAGACUACCUAGAUCUUAGUCAAAACCGUUUUGUAGGUUGCAUUCCAACAAACAUCAAUAAUUUUACAAAGCUUGCCACACUGGAACUUUCAGAAAAUUUCUUCUCAGGAAAUAUACCUAAUCAAAUUGGGGACUUGGUCAAGCUGAAGUCAUUAAAACUUCAUUCUAAUGAACUCUUUGGCUAUAUUCCGAGCAAUUUGGAGAAUCUGACAACAAUCACUGCCUUAUACCUACAGAAUAAUCACCUUUCCGGCCACAUUCCUCAAAGUUUAGGAGACUUGAUACGCCUAGAAGAACUACGGCUUGGCAUAAACGAACUUAGAUAUUCAAUUCCAAAAAGCAUUGGAAAUUUGACUAAACUGCAUACUUUGACUCUGUGGCGAAAUCAACUCUCUGGGGAGAUUCCGCAAGCAUUUGAAAACCUUGGAAACAUGAAACAGUUGGAGCUCCAAGAUAACAAUUUCACGGGUUCAGUUCCAAACAGCUUAUGGAAUUUGACAAAAAUCACUACCUUAUACCUUCACAAUAACCAACUUUCUGGCCCCAUUUCUCAAGAUCUAGGUUCAUUGGUGAACUUAAAAAACUUGACACUUAGCCACAACAGACUAACAGGUCAUAUCCCAUACAGCUUAGGCAAUUUGACUAAACUUCGUAAUAUAAACCUCAGCCAUAAUCAACUUUCUGGACCCAUUCCUCAAUAUAUUGGCAACUUAAUUGGGCUUACUAGGUUCCAACUAAGUAAUAACAAUCUCUCUGGUGCCUUACCACCGGGUCUUUGUGUGGGAGGCCGGCUACAAAAGUUCACUGCCAGUGACAACAACUUGGUUGGACCCCUUCCAACAAGCUUUAUAAAUUGCAGAAGCCUAGUCAGAGUUCGUCUUGAACGGAAUCAGCUAAGUGGAGAUAUUUCUGAGAUGGGAGCUCAUCCAAAUCUUGUCUAUAUCGAUAUCAGUUUGAAUAAACUGUUUGGUAAAUUAUCUCAGCGUUGGGGGGAGUGCUACAAACUUACCAUGUUACGUGCCUCAAAUAAUAAUAUUACAGGAGUCAUACCAGCAAGCAUUGGACAAUUAUCUCAGCUAAGGAUAAUUGAUCUUUCAUCAAAUAGAAUCCAAGGGCAGAUUCAACCAGAAAUUGGUAAUCUAACAUCACUGUUCAACUUGACUCUGGGUAAAAACUUGCUCCACGGAAGUAUACCACAAGAAAUUGGAUUAUUGCGCAACUUGGAGUACUUGGAUUUAUCUUCAAACAGCCUAAGCGGACUGAUAGGAGGGUCAAUUGAGCAUUGUUUGAAGCUUAGCUUUGUUAAGCUGAGCCAUAACCAUUUCAAUGGCAGCAUUCCUGAUGAGCUGGGGGUGUUGGUAAACCUACAAGAAUUGUUAGAUCUAAGUGACAACUCAUUUGUUGGCACCAUUCCGACUCAAUUCGGUGGUCUAAGAGUGCUCGAAAAUUUGAAUCUUUCACACAAUGCAUUGAGUGGUAGCAUUCCACCAUCAUUUCAGAGUAUGACCAGUCUAUCAUCCAUGGAUGUCUCCUACAACAACCUAGAAGGACCAGUGCCACAAAGCAGAUUCUUUGAAGAAGCUCCAUUUGUAUGGUUCACGCAUAAUAAACAAUUGUGUGGUUUAGUGAAAUGGCUGCCCCCUUGUGACCAUACUCCAAUGGGUGGACACUACAAGAAGUCCAAACUUGUUUUUCUUGGUAUGAUACCCGCUAUUAUGUCUUUCCUGAUUAUCGCGGUAUUGGUAACAAUGCAAUGCAAAAAGAAGAAACUCAAGGCAGAGGGCGGAAAUAGGAUACAACAGAACAAGUUGUUCACCAUUUGGAACUUUGACGGAGGAAAUGUCUACAAGCAAAUUAUUGAUGCUACAGAAAAUUUCAACGAAACUCACUGUAUUGGAACUGGAGGGUAUGGAUCUGUCUAUAGAGCUCAAAUACCGACUGGCGAGAUAUUUGCAGUGAAGAAGGUUUGUAUGAUGGAAGGUGAUGAGUCAUUUAAUCGUGAAAUAGAUGCUUUGAUGCAUAUUCGUCACCGUAACAUUGCCAAGCUGGUCGGAUAUUGUUCUGGUACUCAUCACCGAUUUCUUGUAUAUGAAUACAUGGAUAGAGGGUGCUUAGCAACAUCUUUAAAGAGCAAGGAAACUGCAAUUGAAUUAGACUGGACAAGAAGGUUAACUAUUGCUAAGGAUAUGGCCCAUGCUUUGUCUUACAUGCAUCAUGAUUGCUUUGCGCCAAUUGUUCAUAGAGAUAUAAAAAGUGCCAACAUUUUGCUUGAUCGGGGGUACAGAGCCUGCAUAUCUGAUUUUGGUAUAGCCAAAAUACUAGGCGGUGAUGUUUCAAAUUGCACAAGGCUUGCUGGAACGAAAGGAUAUCUUGCGCCAGAGCUUGCAUAUACGACAAGAGUGACGGAGAAGUGUGAUGUUUAUAGCUUUGGAGUGCUCAUGCUUGAGUUGUUUAUGGGACGUCAUCCGGGCGAUUUUCUUUCAUCGUUGUCUUGGAAAUGUAUGACGCUCCAGGAUUUGUUAGACACUCGGCUCCCAAGCCCUAAACCUGAGAUUGCAAGUGAAAUAUUCAAAGUGAUCACGGCUGCCGUGCAGUGCUUAGAACCUAAUCCAUCAUGUCGUCCGACAAUGCAACAUGUUACACAACUAUUCUGUAAAGUUGAAGGCCCAAUUACUCUUGACCAUCUACAUGCUGAAUUCAUCGUCCCUGCUCAGUACCAUGGAUGUUCUUAG